AUGUGGAAUGACGAGGAUAACAAUCCAUAUGGCGCAUUUGAUCGCCACACAGCGUCUGUGAACGAUCCCUUCCAGGCGCCAGCAAUGUCACCCACAUUCAAUCAGCCCCCUUCCCCACAGUCUCCUAGCGAUGGAGUUCCAGAAUAUUCAGCGAGAUCGCACACGCCUAGCGACAACGGCGACGAGCCCGAGCACGAGCAGGCAACACCAGAGGGCUAUGCGGGGCACACUGCACCACCGACCUACUCGCGCAAGAAGGGCGUGUAUGAGAGCAGAAUACAACAGAUUCUAUAUGAAAACCCUGAGAUUCCAAUUCUGAUUACACAUGCGGGCAAGAACCAUGAAGGCGGUGGCGGGUUUAUAGUGUACACAAUACGAACGGGGGUAUGUUACAAGUCUGAAGGAUCCCAUUCCUCUCUGGGUCAUGAUUCUGAUAUCCUCGCCAUCUACCAGGACCUUGAGGUCAGACGCCGAUAUUCCGAAUUCAGUUCGCUCCGUGCCACCCUCGUAAACCUCCACCCUACCCUCAUCGUUCCGCCGAUUCCGGAGAAGCAUAGUAUGGCCGAUUAUGCGGCGAAACCGACAAAAGCUAAAGAGGACGCAUCGAUCAUCGAACUGCGGAAACGUAUGCUCAGCGUCUUUCUGAACCGUUGUCGGAGAAUGAAAGAGGUCCGAGAAGAUGGCGUUUGGUGGCGGUUCCUGGACCCGAAUGCCAGCUGGAGCGAGGUUCUUCACUCUCACCCGGCCUCGUCUGUCCCGAAGAAUAACUUGAAAGCCCCUCCUCUCGACCCGGCAAACCCGAAACCCGCGCACAACUGGCUCCCAGUCCCAUCCUCGUCAGCCAAGUUGAAAGCCGUCAGCGGGGGCACAACGUCCGAAACUAGUUUACCAGGAACUGUCCCCGGUUUCCUCAAUCGCUUCCCUCCCUCGUCCAGGAACCUGGAUGAGCAUGAAUUGGACCCAUAUUUUAUGAAUUUUGAGGCGUCAACCAGAGAACUAGAGCUGCUGCUUCAGGGAAACAUUGAAAAAGUCAAUAGACGAACAUUGAACCAUCUCUCUUCUCUUGCGACAGACUUGAUGGAGUUAGGCGCACGGUUCAACGGAUUCUCCCUCUCAGAGCCCUCGCCAACGGUCGCAGCAGCCAUUGAGCGGGUUGGGCAAGCGGCAGAUAACUCAUACAUAGAGACAGAAGAGCUGUCAAACGCCCUCAACGCGACUUUUGCAGAACCAAUGCGAGAGAGCGCCCAAUUUGCGGGGGUUGUUCGUAGUGUUCUUCGUUACCGAGUGCUGAAGAGGGUGCAAGAAGAGAUGACGAGGGAUGAGUUGAGCAAGAAGAAAGCACUCCUCGAUUCGCUGGAACGAAGCGAGUUAGAAGCCAAGAGAAUUGAGCAAUACCUCAAUAAGACAGGACCCCCAGCUAACAAGCCGCAGCGAUCGUUAUCGGAUUCAUCGGCAGCAAGCAAUGUUGACCAAGGAGGAGGCGGCGAAGGUCGAGGGAGCAUGGAGGACACGGCAUCCAUCGACUCUGAUUUCCCGCCUACCGGCGAUAACCCACGCCCGUCCGCAGCACAAGGCCUUCCACAUCGUCCCGCUGACAAGCCCUCGCCUCCCACGCCGGGCCAUAAGCACUCCAGUAGCGGUAGCUUUAUGGCCAAUAAGAUCUUCGGCCGUAUCAGCCACGCAGUUCACGGGUUUGUCGAUGUAGAUCCAGAGCGGACUCGGAGAGACCAGAUUGGGAAAACAAAGGAAAGUCUAGUUCAGCUGGAGCGAGCGCUUGAGGUAUCCGAACAAGAUGUGAAAGACGCCAGUGCGGGCGUGUUGCAAGAUCUAAAGCGGUUCCAGAAGGAGAAAGAAGACGAUCUCAAGCGCUACAUGGUGGCGUAUGCUCGGUGCCAUCUUGAUUGGGCGCGCAAGAACCUGGAGACGUGGACGGAGGCCAAGGACGAGGUUGAUAAAAUCAUUGUCCGUUGA